AUGACGACUAUCGACACCGGCUUCCACGUCUGGACCAACUGGUCCGAGGGCAGGAUCCUCGGCGCAACAAUCACCCUCUCGGCCCGCGACGGCGCUCUCCUUCUCUCUGCCAUCGCCGUUUUCGUCGCCUGGGUCACAAGCCAGCUCUGGAUCCUGAUCCGCUUCGCCAUCCACCAGCAUCUCGCCCGACGUGUGUGCCAAGUCCCCCGCGACGGACUCUACUUUCAACAACGCGCCAUCUUGCGCAAUGCCGCGGUGCCAACACAAGCCUUACUUCAGUUCCUCGGGCAGGCGUGGUACUGGCGGCGGGCCGAGGGUAUAGACCGCCUCUUUGGGCGAACGUUGCCUAUGGCGCUGCUAGCUAUCGGCUUCAGCAUAGCCGCCGCCCUUCUAUCUAUCUUCUCCUCCCUCGUCAGUUCCUCGGCUGGAGAUUUUCGGCUGCUGGUGCCGUCGUCUUGCGGGCUGUACGGUCUUGAUCCCUCUGCCCCGCCGUUGUCGUCGGCCCUAGGCGAAAUUGAUGCCCGCUUCAAUGACGCCGCCGCCGUGUACGAGAACCGGUGCUACAACGAGUCUCUUCGGGACUCGUCUUUAUGUCAGGAAUUUCCUGUCCCUUCGCUUGCAUGGGAGUCCAUGGGCGAGCAGCCUUGCCCCUUUGGAAGUCUCUGUAGCGCCCGGACUGAUGGAAUGGCUUACCGGGUGUCAUCCGCGAAGAUGGACUCGCACCAACACCUGGGUAUGAACACGCCGCCUAGCGACCGCGUACAAUACCAGCGACAACUCACAUGCGCUCCCCUCCGAGAUGACCGAGGCAUUUUUGAAAUCAACCCCAUCCCCGGCGCUGAGUGCAGGCGUCUUCAGCUCAACUACGGACCUCGUCUUUACGAAGAUGGCUCGGUGGCCAUGAAUUAUACAUUCCAUUCCAACAAGUGCGCGCUAGAUUCCCGCGUGGGCUACAAUGUUGAAUUGCAAUAUUCGCGUCCUGGGGCUACGCAAACGUGGACCCCUCUACGGGAGCUCGACUUGGCUGACGCCGACACUGUCAUCAUGUUCAUAUCGCUUGACGCGCUAUCCUUCACGGAGCCAAACAGUGAUCCCGUAUUUGGGACCAUGGAUCGCGAGUUUCCAGAGCCACGCGCGUUGGCGAACAUACUUGCCUACGCCGCUUAUCAGACCGACACGUACCAGACCAUCUACACUCGGACACGGAGCUUUCUCAAGGCGUCGGAGAGGGUCUUGUUGAACCACGUCCACCUCCCCUUACCAGACGACCAGUGGGAACGUGAGGUUGAGAGCCUGCUGACCACAUCACUAGCACGCUUGCAGCUGCAGGUAGCUGCUUAUCCCGACGGAGACUCUGUGUUGCUUCCGAAUAUUGUCCUCAGGCAGCCAUGGGAGACAACUGAGGAUCCCUUCUUGCCUGCUCUGACGAGCGAGGAGCGCGAGGCCGAGCGACAGCUGUGCAGCCAGCAGCGGACACGGUUGACGAAGGGAACACUCAAUUUUAGUGUCGUUGGUCUGGUCCUGACGUUCGCGCUUGGCGUCAUUAUCAUCAUGCUUUCAUACGCUCUGCCAGAUGUGGUAUACUGGAUUCGAAAACGUUGGAAUCUGAAGCCCGACGAAGCAGCGGCGUGGUGGGCAGAUGAGAAUCUGCAGGUGUUGCGUGUGAUGUUCCAGGCUCGGGGCCUUGGAGACUGGAUCGGCGAGGACAACAUGGUUCCGACGACGAGGACGAGUGAGAAGCUAGCGAGCGCGGUGAAUGGAGCGAUAGUAGUGCAUACGCAGUGCCAUCCUGGUGGCUACAGGCCGGUGCAGGGGCAACAGCACUAUUAG